AUGCGUCUUUCCACGCUUAUGUUUACUGUUUUUGCUAUUGGCGUUAGCGCUGAUUACCAAUGCUAUUGCACGAGACAGGGCCAUUACGAUGAAGACGCUACAAAAUCAGCUUGUAAUGAAAUAAGUGGUGCCGAAAUGAUCUCUGUCCAUGGUGGUGAUGAGUGUAAACUCUCAAACCAAACGCCUUACACGUCUGAGUUUAAAAGA